UCCAACGGCACCAUGGAAAACCACACAGAGGUGACUGAGUUCAUCCUGGUAGGGUUUGAAGGCCAGCUAAAGCUUCAGAUCUUCCUUUCUCUCCUAUUCUUAGCUCUAUAUAUUGUUACCUUCUUGGGGAAUGCCGCCAUGAUCAUCAUCAUCACUGUUGACUCCAAGCUCCACACUCCCAUGUACUUCUUCCUGAAGAACUUGUCCUUCCUAGACCUCUGCUAUUCAUCUGUCAUUUCUCCCAAAGCCCUUCUGGCAUUUUCACUUGGGAGCAAAGCCAUUUCCUUCAAUGGCUGCGCAGCCCAAAUGUUCUUCUUCUCUCUCUUUGGGACCACGGAGGCAUUCUUCCUUGCUGUGAUGGCAUAUGAUCGUUUCAUUGCUGUCUGCAGCCCACUUUUCUACCCAGUCACCAUGUCCAGAAAGGUUUGCAUUUGCCUGGUGGUGGGCUCCUACCUCUUAGGCUGCAUCAAUUGCACCAUCCAGACUAGCUUUACAUUUAGCUUGUCCUUCUGCGGGCCCAAUGAAAUCAAUCACUUUUUCUGUGAUGUCCCUGCAGUGAUGCAGGUAUCCUGCUCAGAUACUUUCAUUAAUGAAAUGGUGAUGCUAGCAGUGUGCGGGUUCAUCAUAGUGACUACAGCACUGGUGGUCCUCAUCUCCUAUGGCUACAUCAUCACCACCAUUUUGCGGAUACCGUCUGCCGAUGGAAGACGCAAAACUUUCUCCACCUGCACUUCCCACAUUGUGGCUGUGGGUUUGUUCUUUGGGACAGUCUUCUUUAUGUACAGUCAACCUGGGGCUACAUCUUCCCCUAGUCACAGCAAAGUAGUCUCAGUUUUCUAUACUGUUGUCAUCCCCAUGCUGAAUCCUGUCAUCUACAGCCUGAGGAACAAGGAGGUGAAAGAGGCCCUAAGAAAACAACUGAAAAACAGGUAUUUUUCUAGUUACCUCCCUAAAGGUCUGAACUUUCACACCAGCCAAGUUGGCAUAAGAGAGGCACUUGGGAUGGAUACCAAAGGGCAUCAGAACCAGGAGAUUUAA